AUGGAAAAACUCUUAUGCCAUAUUGGACUACGGAGCAGCAGAGAGGGAAGUCUAAACAACAGCAACACCAAUAGCAACAAGGAUGAUACAAAUCACCAUUAUCAUCAUCAUAAUAACAAUAAUAAUAAUAAUAAUAAUAGGGAUAACGAUAUCAGAUACAAUCCAAGAAAACGAGAGACCCCCGCCGCCUCUGCGAGUCCCCCUGUUCAGUCCACCACCGCCAUCGUCCCCCCACCGCCAUCGCCGUCUUCUUCCUCCACGCCCAUCACGACAACCACCACUCCUGCCGUCCUCUCAUCCGCAGCCGCAGCCGCCGGGCGACGGCGGGGAUCAUUAGAUGCGGAGAUGAAUGAUCGACUUCUCAGCAGCGCCCGCACGGCGGAGUUCUGCGCGCUGCGGAAGUUGGAACUCUGCCAGCAGGAACUCCUGCAGCUGCAGACUCUCUGGGACGCCGAUCGCGAGUCCAAUCGCUACAACACCGCCGCCCUGCAGCGCGAAGUGGAGGAGUUGCGACGACAAUUGGAGCACCAACGCCGCCGGGACUCUCUGCGCAGCAACACGGAUCUCUCCAUGCGAUUACCGCAGGGCUCCAAUAGUGUUUGUGGAUAUCAUCCGGUUGAUCUCUCCUCUUCUUCGUAUGCAUACGGCUGUGGGGCUCAUUCUGUCUACAGUCAUCAGGGAGAAGGUGUGGCUUCCAGCAGCGCCACCGCAGAAGAGGGAUUUACGGUCGCCGCCACUACAUCCAUGUGGACCGCCGAGCGUUCCUUCUCUUUUCCAACACUAUUGCAACAACAACAACAACAACACAUGGAGGGGGCACUCGCAAAGAUAGAAACAGAUGAGGGGCAAACACGUACAUUGGAGGAAACUUUAUUCUACUAUAAGGAACAAUGGCGAAAUGCCGAGCAGGAGCGGGUGGGGCUGCAGGCAGAGUUAUCGCGUACACUACGCCACCUACACGAUGUACGCCGCGGCCUCACUCAACGCAUUACAUCUCUCAUCAGUGAAAAAGAAGCCAUCGUCCUACAUCACGCAAAGACACUCGCACAGUUGGAGGAAACACAAGCACUCUUGAUGGCCGCACGAGCCGCAGAACGGGCCGCUGUCCUACGACUUGCUGAAGUGAAUAAUAAUAAUAAUAAUAAUAAUAAUAAUAAUAAUAAUAAUAAUAAUAAUAAAAAUAAGAACAGUACAGUGCGUGCAGAGAAGAGUAAUAACAGUGAUAGUGAUAGUACUAAUAGUGAUAGUGAUAGUAGUAGUAGUAGUAGUAGUAGUAGUAAUAAAGGACUCACGACGACGGAAAGCAUAGAUACAUUAAGUAUACCACGCUGUCAGCGCUGUGGAUACACAGUAGUCCCCAAUACUCCUCCCCCUCCUCCUCCUGUUAACACUACAACUACCACUACUCAAACAAAGACGAAUGUUACUAUGAACACCAAUAUGGAUAUGCGAGAAACAACUGCACCCAACAACAGUAACAGCAGUCUUCGCUCAUCUAUGGAUUUCGCCAUGGAAAGACGCCGCUGCAACUCCAUUGUACUUCGGCAAACUACCAUGGAAGAAGAGAUGUGUGCGUUGGAGUGUAAGGCGGAGCGGGAAAGUCGCAAUGCGGAGGGAUACGCACGUGUUCUCCAUCGUCUCAUUGAUGAAGUCGACACACACACAAGUAACUGCAGUAGGGCUAGAGAGCAGGCCAUGCAGUGUUUGCAUGAAAUGUCUCUUCUCUGGUCUGCAGAGAUGGCGAAUAGUGACGAAGAUGAGGAAUUGAGUGAUUUGGCUACUGGUAGUGCAGAGAGGUAUGGCCCUCUCCCACGUCUUGCUGGGAAAAUAACAACAGAAGAGAAGAAGAAGGAAGAGGAUUCUGUUAUCCGUAGUAAUCAUCCUCAUAAUAAUAAUAAUAAUAAUAAUAAUAUUAAUGAGGAUGAUGAUGAUGAUAAUGAUAGUUUUGCUAAUGGUAUUGUUAUGUCGGCUAAGCGACCAAGGAGAAGUAGGAGGAAUGUGAAUAGCAAUAACAAUAGCAAUAACAAGGGAAAAAGAGAAGAAGAGAUUGAUAAUGAUGAUCAUGAUAAGGAACCUGAAGCCACACCCAUAUCCUUGGCACUGUUUCCAACAACAAGAAGAAGUCGUACUCGUCUCUCCGCACUCUCCAUCACUGCCGAUGAUGAUGAUGAAGAAGAAGAAGAAGAGGUUGAUGAUAAUAAUGAUGAUAACAAUAAGAAUAGUGGUGAGAAAAUAGAUCCCAAUCCGCAUACCCAAUCCUCUCCAUCCCCAAUAAGAACAACUAUUAUACCGUUAGUAGCCGUAGAAAUAGAAAAAGAAGAAGAAGAGUCUCCAGGCACUAUUAUUGGUAUAAGCAGCAGCAGUAAUGUUCAUUUCACCCAUACUCGUCUCCGUGCGAGGAGUGGUGAUGGACGUGCGAAUAAUACAGCAGUGAGGUCCACACAGGGUGCAUCCAACACACGUGCAAAAUAA